UCACUUUAGAUUGAUUUAUCGGCAAGAAGAGUGCGAGGAAAGAGACAGAGAGUAACAGCCCCCUGUUGCUCAGUCUUAAUUCUGUGUUCCUACGGGAUAUGUAACCUCUAUAAUGUGCAUAACAAUGUCCAGUGUAAAAAUAAGAAAGCUAUAAAUUUAAAAGUGUACGUGGAGUCGUCACAUAAAAGGCGACACAGGGGGAUAAAUAGGAUUUGGAAAAACAACACUGAGAAGUUGAAGCUUCACUUCCGUUGGGGCCCUACAUCCUACAUCGGCCAGAUCUGUGAGCAAUCGAUGAAAAUGGCGAGUUGUCAGACUUGUCGGUGUACCAGAAAAUACCUGGAAGAAUAAUACAGGAGCUUGCGGAGAACGAGAAGAAAUGGCUUCUGAAGCAUCUUCUCUUGACAGUGCAGUUAGCAGUGAUGGGGCCCUUCACAUGGAACGGGAUAAUGGAGGAUAUGGCAGUGUUGAAAGUCCAGUAGGUGGUCCCGAUUGUCGUAAUGACUACGAUGGCUUGCAACGUGAUCAAAGUUUGCACCCGAUGCUCAUUAGACAUAAGCACUCCGAUUCGAUGAGACGAUGUGAUCACACUAUGAAAGAGUUGGAGUACUACUGCGGCCAGCACAUUGUCGCGAUGAAUCAACUGGAGGCAACUUCACAAGAAAGCUCAGCUCUGCUGGGGACAUAUGGAGAUCUCGUGAGCGAUAAACAGCGAUUGGAUCGUGAAGUUCAGGCUCUCCAAAAAGAGGUAUCAGAUUUGAGGCGCCAAAAUCAAGACGUACUCGUUGCUGAUAGUGGUAAUAGUGAUACUAUGAAUCAGCAUUAUCUAUCAGCUCUGAGGAAAUAUAAAGCAAUUGAGGAUGAGUAUGAUUCGCUUAAAAAACGAUAUGAUGAUUUGUUGUCUUCACAUUCCUCCGCUGUUAAUAAGUUGGAGUUGGCACAAGAGGAAGCAGGGAGAUUUAAAAAACAAUACGAAGAGGCACUCCAAGAGAGAAAUGCAGCAUUCAGGGAAAAAAAUGGCUUGAAACAGCAGUGCACAUCGGCAAUAAGGCAGUGGGACAUAGCAAUGCGAGAGCGAAAUGAAUAUCGUGAAGCUUUGUCGAAAGUACAGCAGCAGCAUGAAGAUGCUGUGAAGGAGAUUAAUCAAGCAAUGAUGCUGCGCAUGAAAACAAGUAAAGAUAUGAAACGACUGACGGAGGAACGGAAUGCGGCACUUCAUGAAUAUACUUUAAUAAUGGGAGAACGUGAUACUGUUCACAAGGAAAUGGAGAAAUUGGGUGAUGAUUUAUCCCAGGCUUAUGCGAAGAUCACUCAUCUGGAAAAUCAGAAUAAACAGCUGGUCGAUGGGAAAAAAACGUUAUCCUAUCAAAUUGAGACGCUGCGUCGCGAGAUUUCAUCAGCGCUUCUCGAUCGAGAUGAGGCAUUUAAAGAGUGCAAUGUACUCCGCCAGAAAUUCGGUGAUUAUUCCGAGGUAGCAAGUAGAGAUUACAAAAAUCGAUUAGAAAUUCACUCUUACAAUCGCGAACGAAUAAAUUCAUCAAAAGAGGCAGAAUGUGAGUCAAACACUCGAGAUUAUUCGAAACGUGAUAAAGAGAGAAUGGAUGAUCUAGAUCAGGCGAAUUUGGAGAUUGAUAGACUUAGAAAACAAGUUGAAGCCGUUCAAACGGAACUCGAGGAGGCGAUUCAAGAGGCAGAGGUAUCAAAACGUCGUCGUGACUGGGCAUUCAGCGAGCGUGACAAAAUAGUUCUCGAAAGAGAGGCCCUGAGGUCGAAUUGUGAUAGAUUGAGAAAAGAGAGAGAUCGAGCGGUUUCAGAAUUUGCAAGUGCAAUUAGAGAUUCGGAUGAUAUUAAGAAACAGAGGAACGAAGCGUCAAAGGAACUCAAGGAUCUCAAAGAGAUGAUUGAGAGUGAUUUAAUGACGCGAUCGAGUAUUUACGGUCAUCACGAGGAUAAUAAUUCGGCAGAGUGGGAUGUAAUAACGAUACAUCUCGAUUUAAGUAGAUUGUGUCAAGACUCAGAGCGUGAUUUGGGUCUUGUUUUGAUUGGUGGACGUCAAGAUCCAUAUUAUCCCAAUGAUACAGGUGUUUAUGUUGCACAAAUAGCCGAAGGAAGUAUUGUUGGUGGUAAAUUGAGAGUUAAUGACUGUAUUAUUCGUGUUAACAAUGUCGACUGCACUUCAGUAUCAACUAGAAUGAUUUUGGAAACACUUCGUGCGUGUACUGUUGGCUCGGCAACCGUGACUGUUCGUCGUAAACGAUCAACCCGAAGAUAUCUCAGAACAAUUCAAUUGCCUAUUGGGGGUUCAAUACCUCAUGGCAUUGCUCUCGAACUUGGUAUUUAUAUAUCAAAAAUAUCACCUGCCAGUUCAGCAGCUAAAGAUGGCAAUUUAUCAGUUGGUGAUCGUGUAUUAAAUAUCAAUAGUAAACCAAUGGAUAGUGUUACUUCAGCUCACGAAGCAAUGAGUUUAUUGAAUGAUUGUAUUGCUGAUGUUCUAACAAUAACAACACUCAAAGGAAUUCCACUGUCAUUGGCUUCGAGCUCAGAAACAAUGCCCGAUACUGGUAUGAUUUAUGGUACAGAUAAGGCUCAAAAAAUGGUCAACAGCUGUUCUCAAACCGAGCAAGAACGCAUGAUGUUAAAAGCAACGUCUGACGACUACGAGCGUCGAUAUAUGGCGUCGAAUUUCAAUGACAGAAGUAUAUAUAAAGUGUCAAAAUCAGUCAGUGGUGAGAAGCCAAGUAGUAUCAGUCAUGCAUGGGACAAUAUACGUGAAAAGAUAGAUAUCGUCAGGGGUAGAAGACACAGCAAAGAUCGUGACGAUAAGAAAAAACGCCAUAGAAAUUCCAGUCCUAAUACAUUUGAGCAGGAGCAAGACGCAAUAGCUGAAUUGGAUUCGGUUAUCGAGAGUUAUCAUCAAAAAAAGACAUCAACAACGACGACAACAACAACAGCAACGCCAGCAGCAGGUGCUGCUGUCGCUGGUGCAUCAGCAGCGAAUGCUAGCAGUGUGUUGAAGAGAAAUAAAUUGAGAGCUAAUGAAAAAAUGGAGAAAGACGGUGGUACAUGGCCGAAAGUACGAGGUGGUCCACUCAUUCAGAAUGGCACCGGAACAAUUUUGCAUCCUCGAAAGACAAAGGAGAGAUUACCACUGAGUGUUCUUAUCAAUCAUCCACCAAAAUACGAGAGUUACAAUUACAACAGAAUAUCCAAUCCAAUUCCACUGGGUAAUUUUUCAAAUGUAAGCAAUCGUCAUACUGUUUAUAAAGCUAUGGAGAGUCCAGUGUCAUUUAGUAAAUCAGGUCAACUGUUUGGAACGCAAAAGUUAUUUACACCUGCUGUUCAAUUAAAGGAUAUUGGAUCGCUGGAGAAAAAGCCAGCGAGUACGGAGUUUGAGCCAGUUGAGCCAGGACGUCUCAGUUCGAGUCAAGCACCAUCUGAGAGCAGUAUUGAUUAUUCAGUUAAAUCGGCCAAUGAUUACAGCCAUCCCAUACAAAAGAGACGUCUCAGGCAGUAUGGGAGUAAUGAAAGCCAGCCAGAUACAUUGCAACACAAUCGUACACACUCACAACUCUAUCCACCAGCAACAACUCUGUCUGUUACAACAUCGGGUCUCUCUCAAUCAUCAGCAGCUGCUUCAAGACAACAACAAUUGUCUGGUAAUUUUUCAUUUCCCCCGUAUACACACUCACAUCCACAUCCUCACCAACAAAAUUCCUUGCCCUCACGCUAUCCCUCGCCACCGUCACUCCCAUUAGCACAAUCAGGUGAGUCCAUUGGACUAUCUGAUCGUUCUUGGUGUUUUGAGCCUCCCUACAUAUCUGGCCACAGCCAGGCAUUUGGUCAUUUGCACACACCCUCUGUAGACUCACCCUAUCAAAAAUUGAGGGGACAUCCUGUCGGUGGUGCUUACGAUGUCGUACCUACAACCUAUACACCACCAGGUUAUUGGUACGAGGGUGGUACAUUUCCGAGAAAAAAAGAGAAUCAGAGGUUUAGAAUACCAUCGAAUCCAAGUGUUGUGUCCAAGAGCAGCGUUGGAAAAUUGUCCACUGGAAGUAUUGAACGAACAUCUGAAAGAGGUAGUCCAAUGCCAAAUACCUUUCGUCUCGAUGUAUUGACUUCUAGAACAGGGAUGACCAGUCCUGGUGAUGAUACUUUCACACCUUUACCUGGAGAAAUUCGCAGAUUAAAAAUUGAUAAAUCAGUUGAGCCAUUGGGAAUACGUAUUUUUUGCCUUGAGAAGAAGGGUGUCUUCGUAUCGGCUGUCAGUGAAAAUUCACUGGCUAGUAAAGUCGGUUUGCAGAUUGGCGAUCAAUUGCUAGAUGUGUGUGGCAUCAAUCUGAGAACAGCUGAUUAUCCCAGUGCUGCCAAAGUACUCAGGGAUGCACGUACUGGUGCUAUAACUAUGCAAGUCCAGUACAAUCCACAUAAAUACAACGAGCUCCAAGGGACAGGUUCAUCGAGCUCCCCAGAACCAGGUGCUGGGGGAGAUGGAAGUCACAGUGGUUCACCAACGCCAUGUAACAGUCCUGAGGUCCCCAGGAAAUCAAGCCUGGAGCAUCAUGAGACUUCAGAGCCAGAGCGAGAUGCUGCAGCGACAGUUGCGGCAGCAGCAGCAGCAGCCGCAGCCACAGCAAGUGCAACAUCCACAACAACAGCAGCAGCAAGCAAAACAACUCUGAUGCCACCUGUGACUCGCGAACGUGAGGUACGAGCUUCUGCUUCGAUGGAGGUACGCGACACCCAAGAAAGAACACGCGAAAUUCGUAAUUCAGCAUCACUUGACAUAAAUAUUAGAAAACCAGAGCUUAGAAAUUCAGCGACUAUAGAUUCGAUACGUGGAGCAUCGACAAUGUCGAGAUUGCAGAUGAAUCAAGCAGUGACAACUCUACAACGUCAAAAUGCAACUGUUCGAAGUCCAACUCAAGAAGAACAGAGUCGUAAGAGCCCACCAACGAUUGAACCUCGAUAUCUCUUUAUAGAAACACGUAAAUGCUCAAAUUUGGGGAUAUCCCUGGUUGGUGGUAAUGGUGUUGGAAUAUUCGUUCAUUCUGUUCAGCCAGGCUGUUUGGCCGAGGAUGCAGGAUUGAGACCUGGUGAUAGAAUUCUUGAAUACAAUGGAGUCGAUUUAAGACAGGCAACAGCUGAACAGGCAGCACUUGAAUUAGCUAGGCCGGCUGACAAAGUAACACUUGUUGCUCAAUACAUGCCUGAACGUUACAAUGAAGUGAAGGAUAAACCAGGUGAUAGUUUUUACGUCAAAGCAAUGUUCGAUCGUGUUGGUGAAGUUGGUGAUAGUUUACAACUUCGGUUCAAUAAAGAUGAUGUUCUUUAUGUUGAUAAUACCAUGUUCAAUGGUACACCUGGUCACUGGAGAGCAUGGCUGGUUGAUCAGGCUGGUAGGCGGCAGCAAUGUGGAAUUAUACCGUCGAAAUUUAAAAUUGAAGAGGAACUACUCCUAAGGAGAUCCCUCGGUGACUUGGAGACAGACACGGGAAAACGAGGAACAACUAGUGCUCGGAGAAGCUUCUUCCGCAGAAAAAAACAUCACAGAUCUUCUAGUAGAGACAGCAAAGAGCUCUCUCAACUCACUGGCGUCAGUCUCGGUUGGUACAGUGACAGUGGAACAUUGAAUGAGGAAAAUUUACCUGCGAGCUAUCAAAGAGUCGAGAGACUUGAUUAUCCAACUUUGAGACCAAUUUUAAUAAUUGGUCCACUCAGUGAAUGCGUUGCUACUAAACUAAUGCAAGACUGUCCUGGGGAAUUUACAAGGUGUCUUCCUGAAGCUAUGCACUGCUCGCAAUCUACCCUGGAGCAGGGGCUCAGAGAUUCACUUUAUGUUGAUUAUCGAAAGAAAGGAAGUUAUUUCGAGUGCACCACUGUACAAGCUGUCAAAGACGUGUGCGUUAAGAAUUCACACUGCAUUUUGGACGUAUCCAUCGCCUCAAUCGAACGGCUCCACAGGCAUCAGAUAUAUCCGAUAGUACUUCUUAUUAAAUUUAAAAGUGUCAAGCAAAUAAAAGAAGUCAAAGAUUCCAGAUAUCCAAGUGAUAAAAUAAGUGCCAAAGCUGCUAAAGAGAUGCAUGAACAGUCCCUGAAAAUAGAGGCUGAGUACAAACACUAUGUUUCUGAUAUUAUUCAGGCUGGGGUUAAUGUAGCUUAUAUCUGCACUCAAGUCAAAGCUGCUGUCGAUUGUGAGCAGAGUAAGGCAUUAUGGGUGCCUCGAGGGCCACCCUGACAUCCAAGGGGGGGCUCCCAUAAGCCACAGUGGAAAUCAAUCUAAAUUCACUGCGGGAGUCCUAGUUCGAUUUAACGAAAAACAAAGAACUUUAUCAAUGGAAAUAUAUUUCGUCAGACUGGCGACGAUUUUUUAUUCAAUAUAUCUCAAAAACUCAAAAAUUAGAGAAGAUUGCCAAUUUAAAUUAGAAUUUCAACUGAUUGUUGCCACAAUCAACGAGAGUUCCUCAGAAAAAGCAGGGAAAUACUAUUGGAGUGGAGGAUAGAUUGACACGGUUCGAGUUUAAUUACAUAUUUUAUUUUAAUAACACGAAAAUGGAAAAAAAAACUCUUUUAAGAGUGUUUAAGUCACUCUACAGCCGUGACUGAACUAGUCGCCAGCUCGUUUUUUCUCUAAUCAGCUAAAAGCUGUUUUAACGCAGUUGUCACAUGCUGUUUUGUGCUAGUAAGAGUGUCUACACAGUGGGUGGAUUAAUUGAAAACGUAUUAACGCUAGAUAUUCGUAUAUUAUUUAUAACUGAUUUGAAUCAAUUGGCCGUAGAGAUAAUAUAUGCGUUUUUUUUUUAGUUUAGAGUUUUUUUAUAAUUAAAAAUGGUAUAUAUGGGGAGAAACAAAAAAUAUUUUUACUGUGGGAUCAAUGCCUUAGCGGGCGGUUUUUAUCUAUUUGUUAUUUUUAACUGGAGCAACGGAAAAAUGCAUCUGCUUGUUGUUCUGUUAUAACAGGUGCAAUUUCCAUGGAACCGAAAAUAAUAAGAAAAAAGAAUAAUGGAAUUUUAUAGCUUUGUAAUGAGAGACAAUAUUUAGGCGUAAGUUAAUUCACCGAGACCAAAAAUUAAGGACAUAAACUGUACAAACGAGAAAAAUGUAGAGUUAAUUUGUUAUUUAAAUGAAUAAAAAAUUGUCAAAA